AUGGUAGUACAGAAAACAGGAGAGGAGUGUGCCUUGAGUGACUCCCAGGCAGCCAGGGCGCACGAGACCGAGGGGAGAACCAUGAAGUUAAGCCCCAUAGAAGCUCCACUUUAUGGAAAAUGUGUGUUGACUGUGCUGCUGGAGGACGAUGAUGCUGUCCCGGAAGAAGAGGAGGAAGGAGAGCUGGUGGAGUUUUAUCUUUUAUUCUCCGGUUCUUCACAGCGACACCUGACGAGCACCGUGCGAGUCGGCCGCGUCACACUGCAGGCUGUGUGCCCAGGGCAUAAUGAAUACGAGCAGGUGCUGGUGGUCUUGUGUGUGGCCCGACCUGAUGGAGCAGUGGACAAACGUGGACAGAACAAACUCACCUUUGUGCAGGACUUGGCUCUGGACACGGCUCAUGUGAUGCUGAACAGUAAAUUGCAUCAAAAAGAUCAACUGUGGAAUGAUCCGAAAGAAUGUAUUGAGCUGGAAGAGAGCCUCGUCUUGGCUUUGAAACAUCUGACUCAGCUGCACAGACUGGGCCCAUGCUCCAGUGCACUGACACACACACAUCCAGCCAGGGACACGCUGCACACGGCACCAAUGGACAAUCAUCAAAACAUCACACAGGAGUCCAGUGCCGAGAGCAGCCCAGACAAAGGGACAGCGGCAUCCUCACAGUGCAACAGCAGCACGCGGCAGCAGCAGCUCUCGGGUCUGAACAGGAGGAGUUCAUUCACCCUUGGACAGACAGACACUCACCAGGGGUCAAGUACAGAGUGUGAAAGCUCGUCCCAGGACCACCUACAGAGGUUUCUACCCUGUGCACACUCUGACACCGGGGAGUUGCACAUAGAUCCAGAUGGUCAAGUAUUCCAGCACCACUCCAAGCUGGGGACCUUCUCCCUAACAUUACAAUGCGUCCACAAGUGGCAGAGCAAAGAUGGCUCCGACUUUUGUUUACAAGAUGACGUGGCCCAGCUGAGGAGACAUAUAACACAGCAUAAAGGAAAAAAGGAGAAUAACUUUGCUACAAACUCUGCAAUCGUUACAUCACCAUUGAACGAGGAGAGAGUGAUUUCACAUCACAACGAAGCUACAGAACAGACAGAAACUAUGGGUCAAGAUCAAUCCCUGAUUUUUUCUGAAACCGAUUCAGAAAAAUUGGCUUCUCCUCAAGUUGAUGAAGGGAUUCAAGGCACAACUGUCUCAGAAGAGGCAGACUGUGACCGGGGAGACACCAGUGACGAGGUGAAGAAAGAAGAGCCAGAAUCUCUGUCCAUUUGGUAUGACUGUGAACAACUGGGCACGAGCACAGAAACAGACUCUCCACAGCUGCCCUUGGAGCUGUGUGUAAGCCCCCCUCAGCUGUCUCCAGCCCCUACGCAGCCACAUGCUACUGGACUGCAGCCAGAAGUGUCACAUGGGUCCGCCUCACAAAGACAGGAAGUCCUCGGAGCUCAGCGAGACAAGGAAGCCGGCCCAGAUUGGGAGAAGGCGAGCGGGGAGGAGGUCGGUGCUCACAGCAAAAAGAGCUCAGAGAAUGAAGAAGACGGACAUGGGGACAGGAGCACAAAGUUUAGAAAAAAGAAGAAAAAACGGGGCAAGCGAGGAGGCCCUGAACGCAAACAACUCAGCUCAACAUCUAGCGUUGAGUCUCAAAACCAAACAGAGACUCUGAUGCAGCUGACUGACUGGAAUAUUGAGGAAAAAUCAGGAACAGACAUUCCAACUAUAUCGCUUCCAGGGACGAGUACAAUGCAACUGCCAAACCAGGCCGAAAUUCAGAACAGUGCUAAGGAUGAAAUGAGAAGAAAGGAAUCCCAAAUCGAGGAAUUUGCUGCGAAAGUGACUGUUGUGUGGGAGAUAAAAGAGGCUUCUGUGGAACGUCUGGACGAGGAUAUAGUGGAGGAAUGGAAAGAACGAGAGCGAGUGAAGAGAGAAGACAAAGAGCAGACAGAAGCUGGCACAUGUUCAACUGAAUGGGAGGAGCAAGGGUCUAAAAGAAGUGUUGGGGACUGUUUACAAGAUCCUCAGAUCCAAAGGGAGACUGAUUUUGGUCCGGUCCACUGUGCAGACCCCAGUUCUCAGACAGACAUUCCCCGAGACAACAAGAGCGAACCAUUGGUGUGUUUACAAGAAGAAGAGGAUGUCAGCCCGGAGACAAACACAGAGGACGGUGUUUUUAAAGGGUGUGACCGUGACCAGAAGGUGCGCGUGUCUUGGUCUUCUACUGAUGAUGCGUCCUCAGUGCUGGGAACCUACAGUGAAGAACCCUCCAUCUCCAUAUCUGAUCCAAGUAACUCCAGGCUUUCCUGGAAGUCAGAGGCAGAGGACACGGGACUUGGAGAGAUGGAAGGAGGAGAGGAGGAGGAGAGAAAAGAUCAGUUGCCUGAAAACAUUGUAUCGUCGGCCAUCUUGAGAGCCACUCGGCACCGCUCCUUGUCCCCAUCCCGACGACACAGCUGGGAGCCGGCGAGGAAUGAGGCCUCCGACAUGAACUCAGGACAGAGCAGUCCAUUCAAAAGCCUCUCAGAAGACUCAAAGCCUGCAAAAACAUCUGUGCACAGAAGAAGUAUGAGCUGGUGCCCCUCCAAUUUAGCUUCCCCUGAACCGGAGCCUAUUGACAACCGAAGCUACAGCCUAGAGGGCCUGGUGGAGGUGGAGCAGGGGCCUCUCCCAGGCUCUGGUCUGAGAGAAAAGGGGGCUCUGGAGACAACAGGUUGUUAUUCUGAGGACGGGCCGCAGCCAUGUCACCAGGUCCUGGCAAUGACUUCCAGCUGUCCUGGAAUGUUCCAAUACCAAACCCUCACCAAAUCGGUCUCCAUGAUAGCCAUCAGUCACCGGGAAAUAGACGGUACAGGCUCUUUCACAUCUAACCCCAGCCCUGUGGAAUUCAGUAUUUCUGAAGAGGAGCCAGGACCAUUGAGAAGCACCACAGAGGGGAAAGGAGGGCCCAGAAUCAGCCGGACGUUCAGUUACCUCAGAAAUAAAAUGAUCAAAAAGGGCAAGGAUAAGAGCAGUCAAAAGAUGACAGAAAGGCUGGGAAAGGUACUCCACACAGUCAAGUGGGCAACAGACUUUGGCUUAAAUGAGGAGAAAGAAAAAGACAGGAAAGGAGAGAAAGAACGAGAGCCGAAAGAAAAGGACAAGAAGUCGUCGCACAGUCAUAUGUUUGUCACAAUAUGUCCGCCUGCGUCCAGCGGCUGUCAGCACUGCAACAAACCUCUGCAGACCAAAGAGUGCCUCUACUGCAGCAACUGUGGCAUGCACGUGCACAAGAGCUGCAAGGACGCUGUAGCUACGUGUGCAAAGAGUAAAAAUAAGCUUCAGGUCAUGGUCCCAGACGCUGCUCCUUCAGCCGCAAACGGCAGAACAAAAUCGACGUCCUCGACCGGGUCCACGGUGUCCUCUUUGUCGUCCUCAUCACGGGAACGCUGGUCGACAGUCACUACGCCUGAAGACCAGUUUCCUUCAGUUCAAGCCAAACGCUCGUCCAGCAUCUUCUCCGCACACAGCAACCUGUCCAAGAGCAUCUCCAUCAGCAACAUCGCAGGGUUAGACGAGGUGACUCUGAAAGGUUUGAAAUUAAGAUCACAGUCCACCGACUCUCUGAAUCAGAACAGUGCCGUGAACGCGUCCACAGAGUCCCUCACUGAUGAAGGCACAGAAAUGAUGGAUACUCAGCUGAUGGGGGAGUUUGAGAGUGACAUCAAAGACCUGGAGGCAGAUUCAUGGAGUGGCACUGUUGACAAGAAAUUCCUGAAGACGCUAAAGAAAGAUGAAAUUAAGAGACAAGACGUCAUCUACGAGUUGUACCAGACAGAGUUUCACCAUGUGAGGACCCUCCGCAUCAUGUCAGAGGUUUAUUAUAAAGGCAUCCAGAAAGAGCUGCAGCUGGACCUGCACACUCUGGAAAAGAUCUUUCCUGUCCUUGAUGAUCUUGUGGAGACCCACACAGAGUUUCUGAACCAGCUCCUGGAGCAGAGAAGAGGCCCCUCUGUGGACAGCAGCCUCCUGGUGUGUAGUAUCGGGGACGUGCUGGUCAAACAGUUUUCGGGGAGCUGCGCUGAACGUAUGAAAAAAGUCUAUGGGAAAUUCUGCAGUCGACACAAUGAAGCUGUGACCCACUACAAAGAUCUGUAUGCCAAAGAUAAACGCUUCCAAAACUUCAUCAAGAAAGUGAUGAGUAGCACUAUAGUUCGGAGGCUCAGUAUUCCUGAGUGCAUCUUGUUGGUCACACAGAGAAUUACCAAAUACCCAGUUCUUAUCCAACGGAUCCUGCAGCACACCAAAGAGACCGAUCUGGAGCAUGCUUCUGUAUCAGAGGCUCUGCAGCUCGUGAAGGAAAUCCUCACAGCAGUCGACAGCAAAGUGAACGAACAAGAGAAGAAACACCGGCUCAAGGAGGUCUACAGUCGCACUGACAGCAAGUCCAUAAUGCGGAUGAAGAGUGGUCAGAUGUUUGCCAAAGAAGACCUGGUCCGAGGCCGCAGGCUGCUGCACGACGGAGUGCUGCAGCUGAAGAACGCUGCUGGACGCCUCAAAGAGGUCCACUCUUUGCUCUUGUCAGAUGUCUUGGUGUUUCUGCAAGAAAAGGACCAGAAAUAUGUGUUUGCUUCACUGGACCAGCGCUCAACCGUCAUCUCGCUUCAGAAUCUAAUUAUGAGAGAAGUGGCCAAUGAAGAACGAGGUCUGUUCCUGAUCACUGCUGGGACUGAGAAACCAGAGAUGGUGGAAGUGCUGGCCAGCAGCAAAGAGGAGAGAAACACAUGGAGGGCCAUUAUUCAAGACGCAAUGCACUGCAUGGAGAAAGAUGAGGACGAAGGCAUUCCCAGUGAGACAGAAGAGGACAGGAGACAACAAGAGAGCAGAGUUAAGGAGAUUCGAGAGUUACUUCGAAGUAAAGAUGAGCAGAUUGUGUCUCUCCUGGAGGAGAAAGUGCACAUUUUCAGAGAGCUGAGUGACUGUAGUGCCUCAGGGUUUGAUGCAUACCCAGCAGUACGCGAGCGGAUGCUGUUCAGGGCCACUCCAGAGGACUUCACUAAAGGAGAACCGAUCAUACACGAUGCUCUGAAAGAAGUGGAGUCCCUGCACUCUUUAGUCAACACUGGAUUAGGAGGAGCAGCCUGCAGUGUCGCCAUUGGCCCAGCAGGGGGCAGUAUGGGCCCAGUCUGUCUUCCCAGGAGAGCGGAGACGUUUGGAGGCUUUGACAGCCACCAGAUGAACAUCAGCAAGAAUGGAGAAAAAGAAGAAGCAGAUGAAUCAGUGGACCUUCGAAGGACUGAGUCAGACGGAGUGCUCAAAAAGGGUGCGACGGCCAGUCUCCAGUUGUUACUCAAGAGAAACAACGAACAGGUCCAGAGCAGUGUGACUCACCUUCACGACCUGCUGCUGUCACUGCAGGCCGUGGUGGUGCAGCAGGACUCGUUCAUAGAGGAUCAGCGACAGACCCUGAGCGAGCGCCUCACUGGCAGCUCGUCCAGACACUCGUCGUCCUCGUCCCUGUCCUCCGCCUCCUCUUCUCGGCCGUCGUCUCUCAUCGAGCAGGAGAAGCACCGCAGUCUGGAGAGGCAGCGGCAGGAAGCAGCCACUCUUCAGAAGCAGCAGGCUGCUCACUUGGAGGAGAAGCGGCGGCGGGAGCGGGAGUGGGAGGUGAAGGAGCGCCUCCUCUGUGAGCGCGAGGAGCAGCUGAAGGAGGCCGAGGAGCAAACGGAGCGCAGGCUGCAGCAGUUGAAGGAGGACCGUGAGCAGCUGCAGAGGAGCAGGGAACAGUACCACAAAGACUUGGAGCGAGUGAGAGAGGCUCAGCUACGACUGGAACGAGACAAGGACACUCUGCGGCGGGACACGGAGCGACUGGAGGCUCAGCGCAGAGAGCAGGCAGAGCAGCUGCAGAGGUACAGCCGAACCUCCUCCAUGACAUCUGAAGACUCGGUUCGCUUCCCCAGCACCAGCUCUCUGGACCUGGACUGCAAAGAGGCAGAACAAUCUAAAGAGGUGGAGCUUUCAACCUCUGCUCCUACUAAAGAACCUUUCCUUCGGAUUGGAUCCAAACGAAUGGGCAAAAACUUCAACCCUUUUGCCUCGUCGUCAAAGACACAGGGAGCAGAGAAGGAGACCAGCAGACUGCUGCAGCUGACAAAGCCCAAGAAGGACAAGAAGGAUAAGAAGGACAAGAAGAAAAAGAAAGGAGAGCCUCCGCCCACAGGGACUGGUGGUGUGAUGUCAAGUUUGCAGAAAGAUGGAGAUAACUUCUGCUAA